AUGGCUUCUCAAAACACUUUCUCUGACUUCAAAUUGGCUACUGAAUUGCCAGCUUGGAAGAAAUUACAAGCUUUGUACGAUGCUUCUGGUAAGAAUAUCUCUGUCAAGCAAGAAUUCGCCAAGGAUGCUAAACGUUUUGAAAAAUUCUCUCACACUUUCACUAACUUCGAUGGUUCCAAGAUCUUAUUUGAUUUCUCCAAGAAUUUAGUUAACGAUGAAGUUAAGGCUGCUUUAAUUGAAUUGGCCAAGGAAGCUAAAGUCACUGGUUUAAGGGAUGCUAUGUUCAAGGGUGAUCACAUUAACUACACUGAAGACCGUGCUGUUUACCAUGUUGCUUUAAGAAACAGAGCUAACAAGCCAAUGUAUGUUGACGGUAAGAACGUUGCUCCAGAAGUCGAUGCUGUCUUGAAGCACAUGAAGGAAUUCUCUGAAGAAGUCCGUUCUGGUGCUUGGAAAGGUUACACCGGUAAGAAGAUCACUGAUGUUAUUAACAUCGGUAUUGGUGGUUCCGAUUUAGGUCCAGUUAUGGUCACUGAAGCUUUGAAACAUUACGCUACUGACAUCAAAGUUCAUUUUGUUUCUAACAUCGAUGGUACUCACAUUGCUGAAACUUUAAAGGUUGUCGACCCAGAAACCACCUUGUUCUUGAUUGCUUCUAAGACAUUCACCACUGCUGAAACUAUUACCAAUGCUACUUCUGCUAAGAACUGGUUCUUGUCCAAGACUGGUAACAACCCAGCUCACAUUGCUAAGCAUUUCGCUGCUUUAUCUACCAACGAAAAGGCUGUUGGUGAAUUUGGUAUUGACACUAAAAAUAUGUUCGGUUUCGACUCUUGGGUUGGUGGUCGUUACUCUGUUUGGUCUUCUAUUGGUUUAUCUGUUGCCUUAUAUAUUGGCUACGAUAGAUUCGAAGAAUUCUUAAAGGGUGCUGAAGCCGUUGACAAGCAUUUCACUGAAACUCCAUUAGAAGAAAACAUUCCAUUAUUGGGUGGUUUAUUAUCCGUCUGGUACAACAAUUUCUUCGAUGCUCAAACUCAUUUAGUUGCUCCAUUCGACCAAUACUUACACAGAUUCCCAGCUUACUUACAACAAUUAUCCAUGGAAUCUAACGGUAAAUCUGUUACCCGUGGUAAUGUUUUCGCUAACUACUCUACUGGUUCUAUCUUAUUCGGUGAACCAGCUACCAACGCUCAACACUCUUUCUUCCAAUUGGUUCACCAAGGUACCAAGAUCAUUCCAUCCGAUUUCAUCUUAGCUGCUCAAUCCCAUAACCCAAUUGAAUCCAAAUUACACCAAAAGAUGUUGGCUUCCAACUUCUUUGCUCAAGCUGAAGCUUUAAUGGUCGGUAAGGAUGCUGCUCAAGUCGAAGCUGAAGGUGCUACUGGUGGUUUAGUUCCACACAAGAUCUUCUCUGGUAACAGGCCAACUACUUCAAUCUUGGCUCAAAAGAUCACUCCAGCUACUUUGGGUUCUUUGAUUGCUUACUACGAACACGUUACCUUCACUGAAGGUGCUAUCUGGAACAUCAACUCCUUCGACCAAUGGGGUGUUGAAUUAGGUAAGGUCUUAGCCAAGGUUAUCGGUAAGGAAUUAGAAGGUUCUGAAAUCGUCAAGGCUCAUGAUGAAUCUACCAACGGUUUAAUCAACCAAUUCAAACAAUGGAUGUAA